AUGCCUCUCCAAUCACUUCCAGACGAAACUAUCCUACGAAUCCUAUCUUACCUACCAUCUCAUACGGAUACAGCAGCGCUGUCUCUACAAUGCCGCCGUUGGCAUCAGCUUUGUGAUAUGUCCAAUCGGCGCAAAUACCGCCGCGUCAAACUCCGAGAGACCCUGGAUUUGGCAGUGGCUUUUAAAAUGCUCCGAUCGAUCCUCAAAACCCCUCGGUAUGGGCGGUAUGUUCGCUACAUAGAGCUGAACCGAUCCCCAUCGCUAGAUUAUGGAUUUGUGCAGUCGUACAAAGCCAAACCGCCGCAACGUUCUCUCCGACUAAAGGAUCAGGUCCGCCUGACUAUGGCGAUCAAGCAGGCCGGCUUUGAUUGCCCGGAAGAACAGGAGAAGCUGUUCAAUAUCUUACUACAGAGUCCGGCUACCAUGGACCAUAAUGAUCCACGAGCCCCGUUCCUCGCCCAGGCGUUGGCAGCAUUACUGGUCAGCGUUUCGCCACUAUUAGAAACAUUGAGUUUCUGCCCUGUCGGCCAGGAACUACCGAAACUCUCAAAAUUAACCGCCCAAGCCAAGGGAACUCCAUUUCGGGAAAGUGAUUAUUUCUUUAAGCAUAUCCUAGACCGAGUGAACAGUAGCCCUAGGUCGCAGGAGACCCUGCCAUUCCUACAUCAUCUUCGCCAGGUCCAAUUUCUUGUCGAUCCCGAUACAAAAAUCGAUCGCUGGUGCUAUUACCAGCCCUAUGAUCUAUACGGCAGCCUCAACCUGGUACGCCGGCUACCCGCAGUAGAAUCCAUCCGAGUCGACGCGAUUAUGAGCACGCAGAGGCCGAGUAUUGAGCCCCCACCCCGAUCCGCAAAUUAUACCAAGAUUACUAUCCGGAACUCCAAUAUAGAUUACCACCAUCUGGUGCGGGUCAUUGAGUCGGCCAAACGGCUGGAAGAGUUUACGUAUGCAGUCGGUGGCCGAGGGUCGACAGAUGGCAUGUUAAGCAUGUUCAGCCCGGAUCACGUCUUCCGGGCGCUCCUCUUGCACGCCAAUUCGUUAGUACAUCUAGAUUUGGAUGUCGAGGCCGAAACCCCACUAGCGGAGACAUUCGACCCGACUCUUGGACAACACUUCUUUGGCAAUAUCGAUAAUCGAUCGUCGAGAUCCCAGCCCGCCUAUCAGCAGGAGUGGGCAGAUGAACUCCAAGAGCUCCAGCAAGAGCAGGGUAGUCAAGCAUCGCCUUGCUCUCUUCGUGGGCUUACGAACGUGAAGAAUCUGAGUCUCGGAAUCCAUACCCUCUACUACCUGGCGCGAGGAAUCGGUACCGAUAAAGUCGACGAUGCAUCAUUUGCUAUUGUGGAUCAUCUCCCACCAAACUUGGAAGCGCUUUGUAUCUAUGGGUACGAAAAGGGCAUGAAACCGCAGGUUAAGGGUCUUCCGGACGAUGUGUUUGAUAGACAAUUAGAGAAAUUACUCGCUGAGAAGGAUACCAAAUUGCCGCGAUUGUCAUAUAUCGAGGGAAUUGAUGAAUUCAUCGAAAACGCGACCACCAUCAUGAAGCCAGCGACCAACGAUGAGGAUCUAUGGGAGAGAGAGACAGAUGAUGAAUGGACUGAUCAUGAAUAUAAUUAG